AUGAGUUUAUUAUCCAGUGAUACUGACAGCAUAGGGUUAGGUAAGCUCCAGUUUACAUCGAAAGCAGUCCAAGAAGAAAGAUUGAUAGGUGAUGCCCAUCUUACAACAAGUAAAGGGUUAUCAAUUACAGAUCUCCCAGAUGAUUGUUUAAGCCUUGUAUAUAAGAACCUAAAAUCCGAUAUUGAGCAUAGUUCCUUUGGUUUGGUUUGCCGUCACUGGCUCCAUAUUCAGAACGACAAUCACGAGUCAUUAUGGGAUAUCUAUAAUUCUAAAUGUAGUUUACGUAAAUCAUCGAAGAUUAGUCCGGAAAGUUUUUCCAUAAUUCUUUCUAGCUUGUUAAUUCGGUUCCAUCACCUCAAAAGAUUGUCUCUAAGCGGUCUCCCUGAGGUAACAGAUAAUAUCACACCACAAUCACAAUUUUUUGGAUCAGAAGUUCAAUUUCUAUGCUUAAGGUAUUUCUCUGGGUAUUCAGAUAAGAAGUUGUCUUUGAUAUUUUCUGCAUUCCCUCGUUUAACAUCUGUACGCCUGAGCAGCUCUAAUAUUACGGAUACAGGUUUAGAAGUCCUAGCAAAAUGUUGUGCAUCCUUACAGAAAGUCAAGCUCACAUAUUGUGAACAAAUAACUGAUAAAGGCUUAAAAAUCCUGGCAAAGAGUUGUGCAUCCUUAAAGAAAGUUGAUCUUAGUGAUUGUCAAGGGAUAACUGAUUCAGGAAUAAGUUUUAUCAUCCAAAACUGUUCCAAAAUUCGUUCACUUAAAAUUUCAUACUGCAGCAAUGUAACUGGUAUUGGCUUUCUUGGGUGUCCGAAGACCAUGAUUGAAGUUGAUGCAACAGACAUGUGUAAACUUACAACAGUGGGGAUCAAAGCAAUUGCAAGUGGAGGUGGGAUUAAAUAUCUGGAUCUAUCUGGAAAUGCAGUUAAUAAUGAAGCAGUUAUAACUAUUUCAAAAUGCUUCCCUUUAUUAAAAUCAUUGUAG